GAAAAUGCAACAGCUAGUGGAGGGGAAUCGGUCAAGAUUAUCUUCCCUGGUGGUCUGACACAGGCUCCCACAGGAGCCUUUCCGAAACGGCGAGUUCGUAUCGCGGUACCAAAGAAGCUGAUCUACCUCCAAUUCGCCAAUAUCUCAGCGGACGAGUCGCUGGGCAACGAGCGCUUCUCCGGGUACUGUGUGGACCUGUUCCGCCUGGCUGUGGCCCAUCUCCCUUAUAAGCUCGACUACGAGUUUGUAGAGUACACGGGUGCCCUCAUCAGCUACACCCAGAUGGUGCAGGCUGUACAGAAUAAGGAGUUUGACGGGGCAGUGGGCGACAUCACAGUGGUUGAUUCGCGGCAACGAAUGGUCUACUUCACCCAAUCCAUCCUU